CAUACUUCCACUCGGUUGGCGGCGGUAAUGAAGAGGGACAUGGACGUAGAAGAAACUGUAGCAGCGUCACGGGAGAAGCAGCGCCGCCAUUUCACUUUUCAUUCAUUGGGUUCGAGGCCUAAGUUACAUCGUGUAAUUGGAUACACAGAACAUCAUCAUGGUGAAAAUUUUUAUUGGCAACCUUGCCUGCAAUACCACUCCUGAGGAGUUGCGUGAACUCUUCGAGAAGUAUGGAAAAGUCUCAGAAGGGGACAUUGUCAAGAACUAUGGUUUUGUUCACAUGACUAACAUGUCUGAAGCAGAGGAGGCCAUCCGAAACCUCCACCAGCACCAGUUGAAUGGCUGGCGCAUGAAUGUGGAGAUGAGCAAAGGGAGACCCAAGUCCACCACCAAACUGCAUGUCAGCAACCUUGGCGAAGGGGUAACCGAUGACGUUCUGCGGGCUAAGUUUGAAGAUUUUGGCACGGUGGUGGAGUGUGACCUAGUGAAGGACUAUGCCUUUAUUCACAUGGAGAGAAUGGAGGAUGCCAUGGAUGCCAUCAGUAAGCUGGACAACACGGCCUACAAAGGCAAGCUGAUGAGCGUACAACUGUCCACCAGUCGGCUACGCACGGCCCCAGGAAUGGGAGAGCAUACCGGCUGCUAUGUCUGCGGGAAACAUGGUCACUGGUCGAAAGAUUGUCCAGUCAGUCGGAACGGUAGCCACGGUGAAGGCUCAAGAGGUCACAGCGGCCGGGCCCCCCCACGCGGUCCCCCGGGUUAUGGCAGGGGCAGCUACGAGAUGUCCUCACCUCCAGCAGCUGAUUACAUGGGUGGCUCUGCGUAUAGUCGGGCUAGUUACGUAGGUGGUUUGCCGCCUCCCCCUCGUAGGCUUAGCGGCUACAGUCCUGAGCUGGGGGAUAGGUACGCCAGCAGAGCAGCAAGCUCUUAUGCCGAGAGGUCAUCAGCUUAUGAUCGUGACCAUCUCUAUAGCAGUGUUGACUAUUAUGAAAAGUUCAGAGCUCGCCCAUAUGGCUCAAGCUAUUUCGAGGAUCGUCGCAUGUCCUAUCUCCCCCCUCCUCCCCCACCCCCUUCUUCCUCCUUCUCAAAGCUCUCCUCCAGUAUAGAUUCAUAUGACCGUCGGUCACUGCCUCCAUCUUCAUCGGCUGCCGCAUAUUAUGCACGAGACCGCAGCCCGAUCAGACGAGUACCAGUCUCCUCGGCAGGCUACGCCUACGAGCGAACACGGCUGUCACCGGUGUCAAGCACUAGAAGCUCCUACUCUGCUCCACGACCCAAGGAUCAUUAUGCGCCACGCUAUGCGCCUUAUUAAAGCCAUGGUGCCAAGGUCUGUUUGUGAACUGCAGGACCUCCUUUGCCGUCAUUUCUUCAAGCUACAUGAUUGCAUCCGUCUGCGUGAUGUGCUGCAAAGCAAAUGAGAUGCGGAAAUUAGAUUGGAAAUUGUGUCGGCAUCUUCCAGGCGCCUGAGAAGCCAGUUGCCUGCAGAUGAAUCGUCCUUUCAAACGCAUUGACAUAACCUGUUUUCAAUAAGGAUGAUUAUCAAACUGCACCGUUUGACAUUAAUGAUGUUUAAAAUGGUAAUUAGCUCACUUGCUCUCCAGGUUUUUAGCCAUGUCUUUUUUUUUUCUUUCUUACCUGUGUUUCUUCCUCACAUGAAUCAAGUUGUUAAUUUCAACAAAUGUUAAUUUGGCUUCUGUUUGUUAUUUAGAAAAAGUGUUGUUUCUUCAAUAUAUGAAAAUGUAACUUCCUUUUUUGAAUGGAAUGAGGGUUGCUUGUAAUGCAAAAUCGUGCUCCUAGGCAGACAUCUUGACAUGAUCUCAGUGAGUCAGUUAUAUGGAUGUUGAUGAAUAUUUUUACAAAAAGAGAUUCAUACUUAAAAGAGACGAGAGAAAUAAAUCAUAUCCAUGCAACUGACCUGGCUGAGUGUUCAGUUCGGACACACAAUCACACUUUAAGUUAGUAUCUAUGGUAAGCGGAUAAUCUCUGACAUUCCAGCCUAAUCUUUUUCUAAUUUGAAUGUGUGACUACAAAAUAUAUAAUUGAUAUAUUUGAUAACACUUUGUCUGCUAAUCUGAAGUCAAAAUACUUAAAAUAAAAGUGUUGAGUGACACCAAAACAAGAAAGUCAGCUGUCAGGCACUGUGCAACAAAGUAACAUCUCCACUGUUUUCUUCCCACUGGUAAUGUUGCACACUUUGCAAACAGCUGCCAGCAGAAAAGAACUCGCCAUCAUCUGAAUUUUAGUGUGGUUUAAGCAGAUCCAGCAAUGUGAGGCAGGACUCAGGGUUUGGGCUGUAUUGUAAGUCAUGAGGCACUUGUUUUAUUGAAGGUGCCUUUUGUUUGUUUUGCAUAUAGGUGGAUUUGAAGUUUGUAUUUUUCAUACUAGCUGUAAAAGUACCAGCAUUCAUCUAAAAAUGAAUAUGAUUUUUAAUAAACCAAAACUUAUUUUGGUGACAUUUCUUUCAGUUCUUUGUUUGAACCACUAUUUGAGUGUGUUUGGCUGUGUGUGCAGUUAAACUAUUCACUUUAGAGACCAUAAUCCACAUACUUGCUCACAUUGAUGCAAAGUCAAAAAUAUUGCCAAUAAACAGUUUGGUCAAUGA